CUUCGCUCACCAGACUCCAGCAAGCAACACAGGCUCUCACAGCAUUGCUCUGCUCCUGACAGUCAAGCAACUACUGAGGCUGUUGAACCACUGCAUACAACGACGACUGUCAAAGAACACUUCAGCAUUAAGAAAGCAAGAAAAACGUUCAUUUUGUUCUACGGUUCUCGACUUGGCGAAUUCAAAAAGUGCAAUUAUCCACGAGGAUUUUUGGCUAUAUCAAUUUGCUGACGGACUUUGACCUGUUUGUUACUGUGGUUGUCGAUCUUUCAUCUGCUGUGCCAUAAUGUCUGAGGUACUGCCAUACAACGAGGGGAAAAUGAACGGCUAUGGGGCAGACAGCGAGGUCAAUCAGAUGUCCUUUAGCUGCGGACUACAGGAUACAAACUCCUUCUUUGGGGCGUCACAGGCGAAAAGACCCCCGAAGCUUGGGCAGAUUGGCCGAGCUAAGAGAGUGGUCAUCGAAGACGACCGAAUAGAUGAGGUCCUGAAGGGGAUGACAGACAAGUCCUCACCUGGCGUUUAAUCGAGUAAGAUGCCUUGCAGACUUUUUAUUUUAAUCACCGAUUAGAAGCACUUGUCGGCUGUGCAUGUUCGAGGAUUGUACGAGAACCGAUGGCACGAAGCGAAGACAAGGAUGGGAAGAAGGGAAAUGAGAUACGGCAGAGGGAACAGAGAGAAGAGAUGGACUCUGGAAAAAACCGAGAUCAUAUGGAUUGCUGGCAAUUCUCCAAACAAAUCACGAUUUUUCUGCGCAGCAAGAUGUUGAGAUGGCGGACACAGCUCCGUGUCUUAACCUCGACUGAAUACUGAUGGAUGAACUUGUCAUUACUCCACGGCCAUCUUCUUCCAAAAGCGCUGUAAGCAACAACUCACUGCAACUGGAGGCUGAAUCUAAUUUCAAGCUCUAUUUCUAUAGUUGUACAGUAUAGGCUAUAACUCCAAGACCUUAUUCCCCGUAUACGCUUUGCAUUGUUGAUUCAAUCAGCGACUUUGCAUUCAAGGGAGCUGUCUCUUCAGCACUGUUCACAAGUAGAGAAUGCAUUCCGGUUGCUGCUAAAGCUUUUUUAAUACAGACCAACCAAACAUUCAUGACUACUAAAUAGAAGAAAAUCUGUAUGUAAUAUACCCGAGGAUGGUGCAAUGUUAAUAUUUUCUUUAUUAUACUCAUUUUGGUCCCACCCGUUACCGAUACGAGGUUAAUAGUACCCAAGAUCACUUAGAUUAAAUAGAGACAUUGUUAGCAUACCCCCGCUCCCCAUUGUAAAGGGUGCAGGCCAAGGCCUUCAUUGUAGCCAAUCAACACCUGCACAUAUCAGUUUUACAAAGGGUUCAAGACGCAAAAUAUCGGAAGAGGAAAUUAAUGCAGUUCAAAAUAGUAAUCAAACUGAUGGGAAAACAUGUUUUUAAUUAUUUCGUUAUUUUAAUUUCGCAAUUAUUCGUGUUUCUCUAUAUGAAUUCAAGUCAACUUUCUCCAUCUAUUUGCAUGAAUUCACUCCGGUGCCAACAAAGGUGCCACCACUCUUACCCUGGCACGCUUCUUUUUAACAAAAUUCAUAUUUGUAUUUUUAUAUCUAAAUAUUUGUUAUUUAAAAUAGUAUGCUAGUCUAUCGUCUUAUAAUUCAUCAACAAAAUGUUUAUACUAGAGAAAGGAUACCGUUUGAGACGAUAUAACGGAUAAUCUAGAUGUUUUGACGGUUUUGAUGGUCUCAUUCUAUAUCAAGGGUCUUGUAGGGUUUUUUUUAAAGACUAACUGAAUGUGUUUGGGUUUUUGCACACAUCAAUGUUAAAUUAUUAUUGAGAAAUCGUAUACUGUGACUUGAGCUUCGUUGAUGAAUUUGUUAGAAAAUGGCGAUUUUAGAGUAUAUUGCACUGUUUACGAGUAUCCUCAAAUAACAGGUUGUUAUUUGACCGAUUUUGGACAUUACAGUUAUGUUUUUUAUUUUGUUUAUUUUGUACCAUUCUUUUAAGGAAACUGGAUAUGGUUUGUUGUGCAUGAAACCUUAAUAUUUUCAAUAAUGAAACAUCGUUUUAUGAAGCAAAAAAGCAACAAAAUGUCAUGACAUUCUAAGAAUGAAUCAUUGUAUAUUAAGAUGCCAUUUUCACUGUAUUUGGUGAACUAAUAAAUGGUGAAAUAACAUGUAA